GCUGCUGGGAAUGAGAAAACUUCACUUUAAGGUCUCAAAGUACAUCUGCCAAGUAUCAGAGAAACCAGAAUAUCAUUGAAAUCAUCCCGUCCAUAGUUCAUAAUGACUGACUGGGACGUUACUCUCCCUGCAUCCUGGUACACUAGCACUGGUAUAUACAGUUUAGAGAGGCGAGCAAUUUUCCUGAAAUCCUGGGUUCUCCUGGGAGCCGUAACCAAGUUUCCCGAAAUCAAUGUCAACUACAAGCACGAGCUGGCUCAGAUCGACUUCAUCGUUCGUCGCGAGACUAAAGAUUGGAGAAGCAUCAAAGUUUCCAAGCAAAGCGAUGGUACCAUUAUUCGAUCACACCUAACUCCCAAUGGGCUUCUUUUCUUGACCAUGUCCAGCAAGACUUGCUCCUUUGAAGAGUUCUUCCCCGGCUUUGAGGAAUUGACUGCACAUGCCGACUUCACUGAACUUCCACUAAGACGCCCUCUCAAGUACAUUGCCCAUAAUAAUUGGAAGGCUACGGUUGAUGCGUAUCAAGAGUGCCUGCAUUGUGCCUACGCGCACCCCGAGUUUGCAAAGACUUUCAAACCUGCGGCCUACAAAGUUAUCAACAAGCACAACUACUCGCAACAUAUUGCGACCGUUACCGGUGGCGAAGAUGGUUUAUUCUUCUUCCUUUUCCCUAACUGCUCCUUGAGCUUGUACGGCGGGGGUUUGACCUGCUGGCGCAUUAACCCAUCUGAGAUACCCGAACAGGCCCGCAUGGAGUUUGACUACUAUCACAAGGCUCCUGUUGGCAGCGAUGAGUUCGAAAAGUGGUAUGACUUCACGCGUAAUGUUGCUGUCGAAGAUAUUGAGCUUUGUGAAAAGACUCAAGCAAACCUUAAUAUUGGUAUUUACUCAGAGGGUCUGCUGAAUCCCGAAAAGGAGAAUGGCGUUGUCUAUUUUCAUAGUCGCAUACUUGAGUUAUGCUCGUCUCAAAUGGAGAAAGAUGUGGCCACGCAAGCGCCAGCCAGGCCAUCCAGGGAACCCCAACUACCCUUGGACAAAGGUCCGGCUAAUAUUAAGAGUGAUUGUGACGGGAUACCAAGAUGGUAGGAAAUUCCAACAGUAUAUUAGUUACAGUUGCCACCACAUAGCGAGUGUUAUCCCCGUCUCUGCGCAUCUAUACUCUGUGUAGUAAGACUUUACGCAAGGACAGAGAUCGGAAACGCUAACCCAUUGGAGCAAGCGCUCGUUAUCAGAUAGAGCCUCCAUAAUUCGGGGGCGACCCAAGAACUAAAGCCUGGUGGCGUAGAGGCUCAUGUGCAAUCAAUGAAUUAGUAAAUAUCCUCCGCUUUGUUCACAAGUGCACAUAAAAGGACAAGAUAGACCUACUCAAGGUCUUUAAAUGUCAGGGAUAGUCCAGCAAAGUCUACUAACUUAUUAUACCAUUGCCUGUUUUACAAUUGCCAUCCCCUCAUCUGGGAUUUACUAUAUCUAGAUAAGUUAUAUUCGACAGAAAGUGGCUGGUUGAUGUCAAUGGCUAGUCGGUACAAUUUAAGUUACUUAUCUGUUG